AUGCGGAUCGCACAACCGCCAGGCGAUGGCCUCGCGGGGUCGGAAGUCGAGCGGUUUUCCCGCCUGUCGAACCUGGUGGCUGGCCCGAGGAGUGGGGUCCAGGAAGAUUUGCGCACGACGCCUCUGUUCAGCCUCAGGGUGAAAGACGCCGUCGAAGGGGUAUACGGAGGCUCCAGCGAGGUCAAGAUCUUCGAUCAGUACGCGGUGCUCGGGUUCCACAACGGGAUGCAUCCUAUGAUCGAACCGGACGAGCCGAUCUUGAUGAACGUCGAUGCGCCAAACUCGGCCUUCAUCUGUGGGUCGCAAGGCAGCGGCAAGAGCUACACCCUCAACUGUAUGCUCGAGAAUUGCCUGACCGUCGACGAGAGGAUCGGGUCAGUCCGCCAGCCCCUCGCUGGUCUGGCUUUCCAUUUCGACCGGGAUGCCGCUGGGGGCGUGGCAGAGACUGCACACCUCUGUUCUAUGGGGAUCCACGUCAACGUGCUCGUUUCUCGAAGUAACGAGUACGCUCUGCGGACGGCAUAUGGGAGGAUACCCGGUGCACAGGACAAUCUCGACGUCCGACCGCUUGUGUUCCAGCCAAAGGACCUCAGCAUCGGACGCAUGAAGCAGCUGAUGGCGUUCUCGGAUGAGGGCAAAGAAGGGCAACCGCUGUACAUGGCGACGGUCGAGAAGAUCCUCCGGCAGAUGGCCAUCGCCUCGAAUGGUCAGGGAUUCGACUACUUCGCGUUCAAGAAAUUUCUCUCGGCGGCGGAUUUCACCCCGCAACAACGAGGACCGCUCGGUCUCCGACUUGAACUUCUCGAGAGCUAUCUCGAUCUCUCCGGGGGGAGCGGAAACCAGACCAAGGACAGCAUCUGGGAGAUCAAAGCUGGCAGCCUGACCAUUGUCGAUCUCACGGAUCCAUUCGUGGAUCCUACCACCGCAUGUAUCCUGUUCAACAUCUGUCUAGGUCUUGCAGAGGAGCAGAGAACCUCCGGCGGCCUGGUCGUCGCGUUGGAUGAGGCCCACCGGUAUCUGACGACAUCGCUCACAUCGUCCAAUUUCACGGCCAAGCUGUUGGACACGAUCCGGAUGCAGCGCCACAACGCGACGCGGGUCAUAAUCGCGACCCAAGAGCCGACCGUGUCGCCGACACUUCUGGAUCUGUGCUCGGUGUCGAUCAUCCAUCGCUUCACAUCGCCGAGCUGGUUCACGGCGUUGCGAGGGCAUUUGAGCGCGGCCACGGAAGCAUGUGUGUCGCAAUGGCACGGCCGGGACAUGUUCCAGCAUAUCGUCGAUCUAUCCGUCGGGGAGAGCUUGGUUUUCGCCCCGUCGGCCUUUCUUGGUGUCGGAUCGGAUAGUGGACCAAGCAAACUAGGGCGAGUGGCCCUCUGCAUGAAGACCCGCACGAGGCUCAGCAGUGACGGGGGAAUGAGUGUGCUCACAUCGGAU